UAUAAGAGCGAGCUGCCAUUUCUCCCCAUAUUGUCAUUGGGAGGGAAAAAGCUGAGAGCUUUCUCGGAUGGCGUGGUGCUAAAGAUUUCUGUUUAUUUAACUACGGUUUGUUGUCUUGUCUUCUCACAAUGCCUGGAGUUAUAGUGAAUGGAAUUCACAGUGAGAAUUUAAGCUUAGCUAAGUCACCAAUGACCACAGUGAGUUUUCAGAGUGAGGCCAUUGAUAUGCUUGCAGAGAAUCAUGCUGAUGCAUCAAUUGAACAACUUUAUGACAAUGUAUGUGAGAUGGAAAGUUAUGGUGAUGGAUCCUUUUCACAGGAAAGCUUUAGUUCAGAUGCUGAGGAAUCUAGAAUUGAUUCAGAGUUGUGUCAUCUUGUUGGUGGAAAUAUGAACACUGUUGAGAUAGUGGAAGAUGAGGAUCAGAGGAUGAAUAAUGUGGUUGCACAAAGAGAAAAUGGAUCAUUAAGAUUGAAAUCUGAGAAGAAGUCUAAUAAGAUCAAGAUGUCUCCUUUAAAAAGUGAUGGUAUUGUGGGUAAAAAGAAGAAUUUUUCAAUCAGAGAGGUUAAAUUACAGAAUGGAAAUGAGGUUGCAUCAGAGGUAGGAUUUGAUAAACCUGAGAUUGGACUUUCUUUGCUUAAGCAUGCUAGGGAGUUGUUGUCUUCAGCUAAUCCCCGAAGAGCUCUUAGAUAUGCACUUCAGGCAUCGAAAUCUUUGGAGAAAUGUGCUUGUGGGAAACCAAGCUUGAAUCUAGUAAUGAGUUUGCAUGUUAUUGCAGCAAUACACUGCAAACUCAGACAGUAUGAGCAGGCUAUCCCUGUACUAAAAAAAUCACUGCAGAUUCCUGUCUUGGAGCAUGGUCAGGACCAUGCUCUUGCUAAAUUUUCAGGAUACAUGCAAUUAGGAGACACUUAUGCCAUGAUGGGCCAGCUUGAAAAUUCAUUGCAGUGUUAUACUAAAGGUUUGGAAAUUCAGAAGCAGACUUUGGGUGAUCGGGACACUAGAGUUGGUGAAACUUGCCGAUAUUUGGCUGAAGCAAAUGUACAAGCACUGAAGUUUGAUGAGGCUGAGAGGUUGUGCCAGAUGGCCCUCGACAUUCAUAAAGAGAAUGUUGCUCCAUUUUCUCUUGAGGAAACUGCAGAUAGGAGACUCAUGGGCCUGAUUUGUGAUUCAAAAGGAAAUCAUGAAAUUGCUCUCGAGCAUUUUUCUUUAGCAAGCAUGGCAAUUGCAUCCGGUGGCCAGGAAAUAGAUGUGGCUUAUGUAGACUGCAGCAUAGGAGAUGUUUAUUUGUCUUUGGCUCGUUACGACGAGGCCAUCUUCGCUUAUCAGAAAGCUGCAUCAGUGUUCAAGUCCAUCAAAGGGGAUAACCAUCCAACUGUGGCUUCUGUUUUUGUGCGACUUGCUGAUUUGUAUAAUAAGAUAGGGACGCACAAAGAGUCCAAGUCUUACUGUGAGAAUGCACUUAAAAUCUAUGGAAAACCUCUUCCAGGAACAAUGCCUGAGGAAAUUGCUACUGGUCUUACUGAUAUUUCUGCAGUUUAUGAGUCUAUAAAUGAACAUGAGGAAGCUCUUAAGUUACUGAAGAGAGCCUUAAAGAUUUAUAAUAAUGCCCCGGGUCAUCAAAGUACUAUUGCUGGAAUUGAGGCACAAAUGGGGGCACUGUAUUAUAUCACCAGGAAUUAUGGCGAGUCUUAUAAUUCCUUUAAAAAUGCAAUCGCAAAGCUGCGGACUUGCGGGGAGAAGAAAUCAGCAUUCUUCGGCAUUGCCCUGAACCAAAUGGGAUUAUCUUGUGUCCAGAGAAACGCGUUGAGUGAAGCUGCAGGGCUGUUUGAGGAAGCCAGGAAUAUCCUGGUGGAAGAGUACGGACCAUACCAUCCAGAUACUCUGGGAGUUUAUUGCAACCUUGCUGGGUCAUAUGAUGCAAUGGGAAGGUUGGAUGAAGCCAUUGAGAUCUUGGAGUAUGUCGUUGGGAUAAGGGAGGAGAAACUUGGAACUGCUAACCCAGUUGUAGAUGAUGAAAAGAGGAGGUUAGCUGAGUUAUUAAAAGAGGCUGGCAAGGUUAGGAGCAGGAAAGCCAGGUCACUUGAAACUCUGCUUGAUACCAACCCUUAUAUUUUGAAAAAAGAUUUCAUUGCAUCAUGAUCCUUGCCAGUAAGCAUGCAUGGUUUCAUUCCUAUCAUUAUUAUUAUUAUUUUUUAAUGUAUUCUUUGGUGCUUUGAAGGGUAUAAGAGGUUACUAAAAUGCUCAAUGAUUGAUGUUGUUGAUAUGUAUAUAAAUUCAUGGAUACUCAUUCCGUUGGUUCAUUGCAUCAUCGUUGUUAGUGAGUAAAAAGGACUCUUUUCUUGUAGUUGCUUUGAUUGUAAGAAUGAGUUUGAAUGUUGCUUUCCUUUGUUUAUUCCUUGGAAAGAAAGGAUGUUUACUUGCCAA